ACACAAAGAACACGGAAAUAAUCCAUCGUCAUUUAUCAUCAGUCGUCAUUAAAGUUAAUUAAUUGACUAUUUUUGUGUGAUUAAUCUUGUUUUCGAUAAGCUGGUGGAAGGAGGAGGAGUGUAUCUCUUGUUAGUGUAACUAUAAUAUGGUAGCAAUUGGAAAGAAGGAAGAAAUGGCUAAAGUUGAGACCAAGAAACCUACAAUCUCCGAUGGCGAUUCUGCCACCGAUUCCGACUCUGAUGGAUCAGAUAUCCCAGAAUUGGAAGAUAACACUGGAGCCGUGGCUGGGGGAGAGGGCAAGGAAGGUCUCAUUCCGGGAAUGGGAGCUGAUGACCUUAUCAGCAAGGUGAAGCAAAGCCGCGGGGAGAAGAAGGCGAGGAAAAUUAUGAGCAAGUUGGGGCUCAAGCAGAUUACCGGUGUUAAUCGUGUCACUAUUCGCAAAUCGAAAAAUAUUUUGUUCGUCAUCACCAAGCCUGACGUGUACAAGAAUCCUGCCAGCGAUACGUACAUCGUCUUCGGAGAGGCAAAGAUUGAAGAUCUCAGUCAGCAAGCUCAAAUGGCUGCGGCUGAGAAAUUCAAGGGACCCGAAAUGCCCUCUGCUUCCGAGCUGAACCCCGCCUCUACCCUGGCCAGUACGAUCCAAGAAGAGGACACGGACGAAGAAGUGGAUGCCUCUGGCGUGGAGGAGAAAGACAUAGAGCUGGUCAUGAGUCAGGCCAACGUCUCGAGGGCCAAGGCCGUCAAAGCCCUCAAGAAAACGGAGAACGACAUCGUCAACGCCAUUAUGGAUUUGACGAUGUAGCAGUAACCCAUGAAUUUUUCUAUCCCCCUUGUUUUUUGGUCGAAUCUUGCACAAAAGAAUUGCUUUUUGACUCGGCAUCUUUUUUUUGUAAACCUUUCCCCCAUUUACAACUUUCUCAGUAAUUAAUUUCUUGUGUUUAUUACAAUUGUCGAGUUUAAAAAUUCUGCUUAAGAAUAAUAGUUUCUGUUAAUGUACGUCCCUCCUUCUUCUCUUGCAGUAGUCCUUACCGCCUCGUAUCAAAACUAUAUACAUAUUUCCUAGAUGAUGAUAAUAAUAAGCGAAAAGUGCAGCAUUUUGUAAAAUAAAUGCAAUGUGAGAAUACCGUCUGCUGUAUAUGUACCUUUCUGUCCACGAGUGGGAAAACAUUGUUGGAAUAAAAUUGUUCUAUGCAA